AACAACCUUUAGCCCGAAUGUGAACCCCAUCCGUUUUCUGGAAGAAGAUCUUGAGGUCUGGAAUACACUUCGUAGUCUCUUCUUGCUCGAGCUUUAUCUAUAUUAUCUACCAUGGAUGCUUCAUCUUUGUUCCUAUGGAAUCCAAGUAUCUGAUUAGAGUACCCACAUCCACAAUAUAUGCUGAAUUAUAGUUGUUUAAUGUGAUAGUUUGUUAAUAAUAAUUCCUCUAUGGAAGCUGCAAAGAAUUUGUUUUGUUCAUCCCCGUUUCCAUCAAGAACUAAUCACUGGAGCGGUCCUCCUUCGUCUUCUUCAUCUUCUUCUUUAGUUUUCACGUUUCAUGAACAAGCCACUCCUGCAGUCACCUCUAGGACUGCUAUUUUUGCUUCCCAGCAUUUUCCCACCUCAGUUCUUUUACAAGAGCAACGUCAUGAGUACAGACCUAUACUGCGCACGCAUAAGGAAGAAAAGACAUCCCAGGCAACAUUAGAUACAAGGCAGAUGGAUAUGGUCUCAGUUCAUGAAGACAAUAGCCCUGGCAAUGCUGAUCAGUUAGUGCAUGACUUUAAGCAGCGACUGCAAAUUUGGCCUUGUUUACGGAACUUGUUGACUUCCUUACCAGCAGAGGAAAUUGCAACAUCUUCAACUCCGCAGCCUGUUACCUCUGACUUAGAGCAUCCUGCAGAAGUUGAACAGCAUGAUGCAGUUGCUCUUGCUAAGCAAGCAUUGUCAGCCUCAGAACAAGCUGCCUUGGUAGCUGCAGACAUGAAAUCAAUCAAAGCUGAUGAUGAUGUUUUACCUCCUCUAGGUUUUUCCUCCACAAGUUUGGAUGAAAUUUCACUUGGAAAGAAUAAAAUUGUGAGGUCAACACGGCUUCUAGGGAGACAAUCAAAGAAGAGAAAAAAAUCAAAGGCAAAAGUCUUAGACGAAGAAAGCUAUCUUUCUAAAAAGGCUGAAUUAAAAGGAAGGUUACAUGUGGAAAAGAAGAUAAAUGAAGGGUUUGAUCAAAAUGAUCCCCUACGCUUGUUCCUAUGGGGUCCUGAAACAAAGCAACUUUUGACUCUGGAAGAAGAAACUAAAUUGGUUCUUCAGCUACAGGAUUUAUUGAGAUUGGAAGGAGUAAAGAAAAGACUUCAAUCACAAUUUGGGCGGGAACCAACUUUGGCUGAAUGGGCUGAUAGUGUGGGCCUCACCUGUCAAGCCCUGCAGUUUCAGCUUUAUUCUGGUAACCGCAGCAGAGAGAAGCUCAUUUAUGCAAAUUUACGAAUGGUAGUUCACAUUGCUAAACAUUAUCAGGGGCGUGGUCUCAGUUUUCAGGACUUAUUACAGGAGGGAAGUAUGGGGCUUAUGAAGAGUGUCGAGAAGUUUAAACCCCAAGCAGGUUGUCGUUUUGGUACGUACGCCUACUGGUGGAUAAGGCAAACUAUUAGGAAGGCCAUAUUUCAACAUUCCAGGACAAUUCGUCUGCCGGAGAAUGUAUAUACCCUUUUGGGCAAGGUAUCAGAGACAAAGAAAUUGUACAUUCGAGAAGGAAAUCUUCAUCCCACCAAAGAAGAACUAGCAAAAAGGGUAGGAAUUACAGUAGAGAAGUUAGAAAAGUUGCUAUAUGUUGCGAGAAUUCCAAUUUCAAUGCAACAAACAGUGUGGGCAGACCAAGAUACCACUUUCCAGGAGGUUACUGCAGACACAGCAAUUGAGGUCCCAGAUGUGAGUGUUGCAAAACAGAUGAUGAGGCGGCAUGUGCGGAACCUCUUAAGUAUCUUGAACCCAAAAGAAAGGAGGAUAAUCCGGCUAAGAUUCGGUAUUGAGGACGGCGAACAGAAAUCAUUGUCAGAGAUUGGAAACACAUUUGGCUUGUCUAAGGAAAGGGUUCGACAAUUAGAGAGCCGAGCAUUGUACAAGCUGAAGCAGUGCCUUGGCAGCCAAGGACUUGAUGCAUAUGCAGAAUUGCUUGUAUAGGCAAUUUUUUAAUCUUUCAUGCCUGUUUCCUUUCCUGGCUAAGUACUAGAGCAGUAACAAUUAAGCUUUUGGAGCCAAAUCUGACGCCAAGCCAUGGUCCAUUAUUACUUAAAAGAACCUAGAAGCUUGGCAGUCGGGAAAAGAAACUUGAAGCGUGUAUAUACAUGUUAAUAUUGAAAUGACCUUGAAAAAUCUGCUAUUUAUGGAAGAGCCGAAUUACAUUGCA